UUCAUUCCCACGGAUCCACAUUACAACUCACCUUUAACCCUUGCCUGGCUGAACCCACGCGUGUUGGAUCCCUGCCCCCCCCCCGCUCCCGGCGCUGAAGAAAAGCGCUUACAUUGUUGCGACUCGGCGCUGCUGCUGCUGUUGGGGAUUGAUACAUUGUUACAAAUCAGCGCCGCUGAGGGAGGAAUUGAUACAUCGUAGCGAAUGCAAAGGAAUUAGCUCGGCCGAAUGGGACGCUGAGAGCGGCGCAUCCCGGGAACAUGGGGGCUGCUGCAGCGCUGACUUUUGCACUUCUUCUCGCAACUUUCCGCGCAGGCUCCGGACAUGACGAGGUGGAGACGAGGGAGUGCAUCUAUUACAAUGCCAACUGGGAGCUGGAGAAAACCAACCAAAGUGGGGUAGAAAGCUGCGAAGGGGAGAAGGACAAGCGACUCCACUGUUAUGCAUCUUGGAGGAACAACUCGGGCUUCAUAGAGCUGGUGAAGAAAGGGUGCUGGCUGGAUGAUUUCAACUGUUACGACAGACAGGAAUGUAUUGCCAAGGAAGAAAACCCCCAAGUGUUUUUCUGCUGCUGCGAAGGAAACUACUGCAACAAGAAAUUUACUCAUUUGCCUGAAGUCGAAACAUUUGAUCCGAAGCCCCAGCCUCCGGCCUCUGUGCUGAACAUUCUGAUCUAUUCCCUGCUUCCAAUCGCUGGUCUUUCCAUGGCAAUUCUCCUGGCGUUCUGGAUGUACCGACAUCGAAAGCCUCCCUACGGGCACGUAGACAUCAAUGAGGACCCAGGGCCGCCCCCUCCAUCUCCCAUGGUCGGGCUGAAGCCGCUGCAGUUGCUGGAGAUCAAGGCGCGAGGCCGGUUUGGCUGCGUGUGGAAAGCGCGCCUGCUGAAUGAAUACGUGGCGGUGAAAAUCUUCCCCAUCCAGGAUAAGCAGUCGUGGCAAUGUGAGAAAGAGAUCUUCAACACGGUGGGCAUGAAACACGAGAACCUCUUGGAGUUCAUUGCCGCGGAGAAGAGGGGGAGCAACCUGGAGAUGGAGCUGUGGCUCAUCACUGCGUUCCAUGAUAAGGGUUCUCUGACAGACUACCUGAAAGGGAACUUAGUCACCUGGAAUGAACUGUGUCACAUAACAGAGACGAUGGCUCGUGGGCUGGCCUACUUGCACGAAGAUGUGCCCCGGUGUAAAGGGGAAGGGCACAAACCUGCAAUCGCUCACAGAGAUUUUAAAAGUAAGAAUGUAUUGCUGAGAAACGACCUGACGGCGAUAUUAGCAGACUUCGGGCUGGCCGUACGGUUUGAGCCUGGAAAACCGCCAGGAGAUACACACGGGCAGGUUGGCACCAGGAGGUAUAUGGCCCCUGAGGUUCUGGAGGGAGCAAUUAACUUUCAGCGAGAUUCCUUUCUCAGGAUAGAUAUGUAUGCCAUGGGACUGGUGCUCUGGGAAAUAGUAUCCCGAUGUACAGCAGCAGAUGGCCCAGUUGAUGAGUACAUGCUCCCAUUCGAAGAGGAGAUUGGGCAACAUCCUUCCCUUGAGGACCUGCAGGAAGUUGUGGUUCACAAGAAGAUGCGCCCCGUAUUUAAAGACCACUGGCUGAAGCACCCAGGUCUGGCCCAACUGUGCGUGACCAUUGAGGAAUGCUGGGACCACGACGCGGAGGCGCGGCUUUCUGCGGGCUGCGUAGAGGAACGCAUUUCCCAAAUCCGUAAAUCAGUGAACGGCACUACCUCGGACUGCCUUGUAUCCAUUGUUACAUCUGUCACCAAUGUGGACUUGCCACCCAAAGAGUCCAGUAUCUGAGGUUUCUUUGGUCUUUCCAGACUCAGUGAAUUUAAAAAAAA